GAAUCGGAAGCUUCUGUUUCCGCGUUGAGGGAAGAACGCGCAAGGGGAUAGGCGCCCGCUGUCGGCCAAUUAAAAUCGCCAGUGGCAAAGAGAUUAUUGACUCCCAAAGCUGUCAACAUUACUCAAAAUAAAAAGCUUAAGUUGUAUUUUAAAGUAUCUUUAUUAAUUACAGAGAUGAAGAGAAAUAGGUGGCGAGGUAGAGGAAAUUAUGUACAGCAUAAUCGUAGACAAAUGUGUAAUACUCAGCCUUACGUGGUAUACCACCAUCGGCACUAUACUCAUAGGUCUCAUCAAAGAGAAUUUCAAUGCUUGCAGAACUCAGGUACAAGCCAAAUUGAAUCACCCUCUACAUCUUCUCAUUCAUGCGAGAGUUCUUCGGUUCCUGAACUACCAGGAUUUUAUUAUGACCCAGAAAAGAAUCGCUAUUUUCGCUUACUUCCUGGGCAUAACAACUGCAAUCCUCUCACGAAGGAGAGUAUUCAUCAGAAGGAGAUGGAGAGUCAAAGGUUAAGACUCUUAAAAGAGGAGGAGAAAAUGAUGAAGAAAACACCCAGAUCUGGGCUGAACUCUUCAGUCAUCUUACGCAAGAAGCAGUUAGGUUUCUAUAGCUCUAUCAGUUAUUGCAGGCUGAUUCAUGAAUUAAAGGUGAAUUGCAUGCAGAGAAGGAAAUUAGAAAUUGAGAGCCUCAAUUCCUCAGUUUCUGGAAGCAACAAUUUUAAACUAAUUGUGGCAGACACUUCCUCUGAGAGAAUAAUCACUGUGAAUGACGUAGAACGUGGCGGAUGUAAAUAUGGAAUUGUCAACCUGAGUGGUUUGGGAAAGGAUUCUCUUACUGUGGAGAUGUAUGAUAACCUAUACUUCACAAAUCGCAAGGUGAAUUCUGUGUGCUGGGCCUCUUUGAGUCAUCUGGAUUCCCAUGUUUUAUAUCCUUGUUAUUAAAUAAAGCAUUUGUGCCUCAUGGGUGCUGCAGAAACCUUAGGGUGUGCCAGCCUGCUGCCAGCAUCCUUGUUCAACAGCUCUAAUACAGGAGAUCAGCCUGGAAUGUUGUGCAGCUUCAAGAUCUCCACAGCCUGGUCUUGUGCCUGGUGUCAUAACCCUCAGGCUAAUAACUGCUUUAGCACAGGUUUAAGUCAACGAAUCCUUGUGACAAAUGCAGUGACCGGUCAUCAUCAAACAUUUAAUACCAACAGUGAUGUUCUAGCACAGCAGUUUGCCACCCAGUCUCCAGUGUUAUAUAAUGGCUGCCGGUCAGGGGAGGUUUUCAGCAUUGAUGUCCGUCAACACAGCCGUAAAGGGCAAGGGUGGAAAGCUGCCCAGCUCUUCCAUGACUCAGCAGUCACAUCUGUUAACCUCCUGAAAACUGAACAAUAUCUCAUGGCUGCAGAUAUGUUAGGCCAGGUAAAGCUCUGGGACCUGAGAAAACUAAAAUGUGUAAAAGAAUAUAGAGGGCACAAAAAUGAGCAUGCUCUUCUUCCUUUGCACAUCAAUGAGGAGGAAGGGCUUCUUUCAGCAGUGGGUCAAGACUGUUAUACACGAAUUUGGAGUCUCCAGGAUGCUCAUUUGCUACGAACUAUUCCAUCUCCAUAUCCAUCCUCCAGAGAUUCUAUUCCAAGCGUGGUGUUCUCAUCACAGCUUGGAGGUGUCCGAGGUGUUCCUGGCUUGCUUAUGGCAGUCAGACAGGAUCUCUACUACUUCUCCUAUAAGACAGAUGAUCCAUAUUGCCUGGAUACUAAAGACAUGGACUGUUCCGCUUUCCAGAGUGACUGAAAAUAAAAAUGAUGGGUAUUGUUAUGCUGCAAUACCCAAGUUGUCAUAUUUAACAUUUGGGACUCUCAUUAUAAUUAUCAAUAUUUUUUCAGUGUUUAGAGUCAAUAAAACA